GAAACUGACGUUAACUCAACCGCCCUUUGCUCAACGGAUUUCUUUUUCUUUUUUUUUUUUUUACAACGGUUGCUUUUCAGCUGCUUUUGACCCACAGUCAGUCAAGUCAUGUGAUUGUAACGUAAAACCCCUAACCGGAAAACACCGACGGACGACCCUCUCCGCCGCCAACGAAUGCUGCGUUUGCAGGGAAAUAGUACAAGCUGCUACGAACCCAGAGAGGACGGACGGUCGGACCGAGUCCCCCGGUAACAAACAAACAACGGCGACACUCGGGUUAAGCGGAGAGCAGGUUGAAGAAUGGAGUUGGCCAACCAUGGUCUUAUCCUGCUGCAGCAGCUUAACGCUCAGAGGGAGUUUGGCUUCCUGUGCGACUGCACUGUGGCCAUAGGAGAUGUCUUCUUCAAAGCCCACAAAGCCGUCCUCGCUGCCUUCUCCAACUACUUCAGGAUGCUGUUCAUUCACCAGGACAGUGACUGUGUGCGCCUGAAGGCCUCUGACAUACAGCCAGACAUCUUCAGCUACCUUCUCAACCUGAUGUACACAGGCAAACUUGCGCCACAGCUGAUCGACCCCACACGACUGGAGCAGGGGGUCAGAUUCCUGCAUGCCUACCCACUCCUGCAGGAGGCCAGCCAGUCUGUGUAUUCACAUCGCGACCACAGCAUCAACCUUUCCACCUCCCUUUAUGGUAUCCAGAUCUCUGACCAACAGGUGGCACUGUCGGCCAGACUCGCCACUCGGCGGCAGCUCUCCUCGCCCUUUGAUGCUGAGCCACUCCUCUCGGAGAGGAAGCAUCUAUCCCCGCCUGCCGUUACCGACUACUCAAACUCGUCUCCUUCCAAGCUUGCUUCCUCACCCACAGACAUGGAGGCCUCGACCAGUGGCACUAAGGCCACAGCUGAGGAGGGCAGAGCCGACCUGCUGAGUACAGUUGGCUCCUCAGUCAAUGCCAUUCUCCAUGUGAAGCCCAGCAUCAUGAAGAGGAGUGCGUCCUUUAGGAAGCAUUAUUCCUGUCAUCUGUGCAGUAGCAGAUUCACCCAGAGAUCCCUGCUGAGAGAGCACCUCCUGCAGCACAGCCAGGCAAUUCUGCAGCUCUCGUCUGAGCCCAGGCACACGCUGUCGCCUGCCCUGACUGCAGAAAACAGCAUGAUGGAGGUGGAGGGAGCCCUUAAGGGAAACAAAGCAAGCGUUUCGGCUUUCACGACCGCAGUCGAGAUAAUCAGUGACAGCGAGCAAACGCCUGUUUCAGGUACCAACUCAGACUCUCCUCCAGCAGAGGUGUCCACAUCCAACUGGGGGGUGGGGGGUUUAAGUUCUCAGGCAGACACGCCACCGCCGUCGGACAUUGCGGACAUCGACAACCUGGAGAGUGCUGACUUGGACCGGGAAGUGAAGCGGCGCAAGUAUGAAUGCUCCACCUGUGGCCGCAAGUUCAUUCAGAAGAGCCACUGGCGCGAACACAUGUACAUCCACACAGGGAAGCCCUUUAAAUGCAGUGCUUGUGGCAAGAGCUUCUGCCGCGCCAACCAGGCCGCCCGUCACGUGUGCCUGAACCAGGGAGUCGACGCCUACACCAUGGUUGACCGACAGAGCAUGGAGCUGUGCACCGCGGGAGAUGACAGUAGCCAGAUGGAGGCCAUGUUCAUGGGCUCGACGAAGCCUUACAAGUGUAACAUUUGUGCAACCACCUUCUCCAGCCCCAAUGAGGUGAUCAAACACCUGUGCUUCACCCAAGGAGGGUUAGUGGGACUGCAGGGAAACCUGGGGGCAGGGAUGCUGCUCCAACGUGAAGAGCUUUCCAAAGAUGAAGGCUCUGAUUUGUCCAACUCUGGAACCCCAUUAGAACCCAUCAAGACUGAAGAGAUUCUUGUAGAGUAGUGCCAAAACUGUGUUUCUGUUUUUUUUCAACAUGUUUAUCUUCUAAAUUAAGGUUAAUGUGUAAGCUAAAGCUAGUCAGGGUAUGUAUGUUGGAAGUUUAAAUCUACUUUUUUUGUUUUGUUAAGUACAGUAUUUUAUGACAAAAAAUGUUCAAAAAUGUUUUAAAACAUUUAUAACCCAAGUUCACAGGAGUUCAAACCAACAUCAUUUUGAAAAUAAAAUAAAAAUUAUCACGUGGCUCAAAGUUAAAAUAAGUUGCCGUGAGGGAGAAGACAUGACUUUUCCAUUGUUUCAUCUCAUUUAAUUGUCUGCCUACAUUAGUAGUAGACAGUCACAUAUCCGUCUGUACCAUGUUUUCUGCUUGAGAGCCGAUAUUGUGGUGUGUUGGUCUUGAUACAAAAGGAAGAGGAAGCUGAGACACUUCCGGAGGAGACAGCAUGUUGUGAGAUGAGUUAGCUGUGAGUGGGUUUUAGGAGAAAGAAGUGAAAGCUGAAAAAAAAGCUCUUUAGCUGCUGAGAAGAGUUGUUUUUCCACAGCCGUGAAUUAGAGGCUGAUUCUCCACAAUAGGUAUAGAUUAUAAUUCCAGCCUAAAGCACACUGAAUAUUUAGGACUGAGACAAUCUGUGCUCUUUGUUUUGAGCUGUUGAAUAUGCAGGGUUGCAUAUUUGUCUUGUCUUUGUCUUGGAGACGUAUUUUAAUCACAAUAACAUCUGCCUCUGCAACCAUUUGGAUGUUUUAAUUCCGUGUCUUGUUGAACCAUGGGUGGGUAGACACUAGAAAUGAGGCAUGUCACAAGCAAACGUGUCACUGUGUUCUAACUUUUAAUUUUUUAAUUUCCACUUGCGUCGUAACCCGUCGGUUGUUCAAAACCUGCCUCGAUCUGUGAGGUUGUCCUGUACGUCACUUCCUGUGGUAAUUCACUUCUCUUAACAGCCAUUCAAAUUGUUUUAAAUGCUUUUCUAAUUUUAUAUACAGUACUAUAUUUACAAAGAAUACAUUAUAUUGCAAAAGUGUACAUAUAUAUAUUAGUAGAGAAAUAGCUUUGAAAAUAAUGAAACAUUUGGUUUGAUAAAACUGUAUGUAUUAGGGAUGGGCAUGAUAAAUUUAUCUUCAAUGUUUCCUGAUGCAAAAUCAAAUCAAAGCUCGAUUUAUCUUUUUUUGUUUCAUU